GGAUCAUUACCUGAGCCAAAGGCAGACACUUAACCGACUGAGCCACCCAGGCACCCCUCAACACUUCUUAAAAAGAACAUCUGGCUUGUAGAAAAGGAAGAUUCUGGAAAUCCGUUAAUUCCACUUUUUGAGCACUUAUGAAUAACCACAUAUCUUCAAAAACAUCUACCAUGAAGCUAAAACAGACCAUCAAUCCCAUUCUUUUGUAUUUCAUACAUUUUCUAAUAUCACUUUAUACUGUUUUAACGUACAUUCCAUAUUAUUUUUUGUUUGAGACAAGACAAGAAAAAGCAAACAAAAUUAAAGCAAAGCCUGUAGAUUCAAAACCGGAGUCUGCAUACAGAUCUAUUAACAGUUUGGAUGGUUUGGCUUCAGUGUUAUACCCUGCAUGUGAUACACUAGAUAAAGUUUUUAUGUAUGCAAAAAACAAAUUUAAGGACAAAAGACUGUUGGGAACACGUGAAAUUUUAAAUGAGGAAGAUGAAGUACAGCCAAAUGGAAAAAUUUUUAAAAAGGUUAUUCUUGGAAACUAUAAUUGGCUCUCCUAUGAAGAUGUCUUCGUUAGAGCUUUUAAUUUUGGAAAUGGUUUACAGAUGUUGGGUCAGAAACCAAAGACCAAUAUCGCCAUCUUCUGUGAAACCAGAGCCGAAUGGAUGAUUGCUGCGCAGGCGUGCUUUAUGUAUAAUUUUCAGCUUGUUACGUUGUAUGCUACUCUAGGAGGUCCAGCUAUUGUUCAUGGAUUGAAUGAAACAGAGGUGACCAACAUCAUUACUAGUAAAGAACUCUUGCAAACAAAGUUGAAGGAUAUAGUUUCGUUAGUCCCGCGCCUGCGGCACAUCAUCACUGUGGACGGUAAGCCACCAACGUGGUCCGAGUUCCCCAAGGGCGUCAUCGUGCACACGAUGGCUGCAGUGCAGGCUCUGGGAGCCAAGGCCAGCAGAGAAAACAAACCUCUUAGCAAACCAGGGCCCUUAGAUAUUGCAGUAAUCAUGUAUACAAGUGGAUCCACAGGACUUCCGAAGGGAGUCAUGAUCUCCCACAGUAACAUUAUUGCUGGUAUAACUGGGAUGGCGGAACGGAUUCCAGGACUGGGAGAGGAAGAUGUUUACAUUGGCUAUCUGCCUCUGGCCCAUGUUUUAGAAUUAAGUGCUGAGCUUGUUUGUCUUUCUCACGGAUGCCGCAUUGGCUACUCUUCACCACAGACUUUAGCAGAUCAGUCUUCAAAAAUAAAAAAAGGAAGCAAAGGGGAUACAACCAUGUUGAAACCAACAUUGAUGGCAGCUGUUCCGGAAAUCAUGGAUCGAAUCUACAAAAACGUUAUGAAUAAAGUGAACGAAAUGAGUAGUUUCCAACGCAAUCUGUUUAUUCUGGCCUAUAAUUACAAAAUGGAACAGAUUUCCAAAGGCCGUGGCACUCCACUGUGUGACAGGUUUAUUUUCCGAAAAGUUCGAGGCUUGCUCGGUGGAAGUAUCCGGCUUCUGUUGUGUGGAGGCGCUCCGCUUUCUGCAACCACACAGCGAUUCAUGAACAUCUGCUUCUGCUGCCCCGUCGGUCAGGGAUACGGACUGACUGAAUCUUGUGGUGCAGGAACAAUUACAGAAGUAUGGGACUACAAUACUGGCAGAGUGGGAGCACCAUUAGUUUGCUGUGAAAUCAAAUUAAAGAACUGGGAGGAAGGUGGAUACUUUAAUACCGAUAAACCACACCCGAGGGGUGAAGUUCUUAUUGGUGGCCAAAACGUGACAAUAGGAUACUACAAAAAUGAAGCAAAAACGACAGCUGAUUUCUUUGAAGAUGAAAAUGGACAGAGGUGGCUCUGUACUGGAGAUAUUGGGGAGUUUGACCCCGAUGGUUGUUUAAAGAUUAUCGAUCGUAAGAAGGACCUUGUGAAACUGCAGGCGGGAGAAUAUGUUUCUCUUGGGAAAGUAGAGGCAGCUCUGAAGAACCUCUCCCUUAUAGAUAACAUUUGCGCAUAUGCAAACAGUUAUCAUUCUUAUGUCAUUGGGUUUGUUGUGCCAAAUCAAAAGGAACUAACAGAACUCGCUCGAAAGAAAGGACUUCAUGGGACUUGGGAGGAGCUGUGUAACAGCUGUGAAAUGGAAAACGAGGUCCUCAAAGUGCUCUCUGAAGCUGCUAUUUCAGCGAGUCUAGAAAAAUUCGAAAUUCCAGUAAAAAUUCGUUUGAGCCCAGAACCGUGGACCCCUGAAACUGGUCUGGUGACAGAUGCCUUCAAGCUGAAACGUAAAGAGCUUAAAACACAUUACCAGGCGGACAUUGAGCGAAUGUAUGGAAGAAAAUAGUUCUUCUCUUUCAGCAUCGUUUGCUACAGGGAGCUCAGAUCAAAUAGGAAAAUACUUGAAGUGCAUGUCUCCAACUGUGAGGCAAACCCCGUUCCUCAUAGUAAACCUAAACUGUUACUUCUCAUGACGUCGCCGUUUUUACUGACAGGAUGAGUAAAACAUUAAGACAGCAAACUGGUGUCUGUCUCUUCUUUCUCUCCCCCUUUCCAACUUACCUUACCACCUAGGACUGCACUUGUCAGCAUGAGGACUUUCUGAAUCAUUUUGGGGAACAGUGAUUUUAAAACCUCAAGUUUUUAAACAUGAUUUAUAUGUUCUGUAUAAUGUUCAGUUUGUAACUUUUUAAAGUUCGGAUGUAUAGAGGGAUAAAUAGGAAAUAUAAGAAUUGGUUAUUUGGGGGGCUUUUGUACUUACAGUAUUUAAAAAUGCAAGAGUAUGGAUGUGAAAUUAUGUAAAUUCAAACGCUUAUGAAUCAAAUCAUUGUUGAACAAAAGAUUUGUUGCUGUGUAAUUAUUGUCUUGUAUGCAUUUGAGAGAAAUAAAUAUACCCGUACUUAUGUUUUAAGAAAUUGA